UUUAAAUGUCUUUCAAUGUGUGUUGCAGCCCACCAGAACCGUGUGUCAGACAUGGUGUUCUCCCUGGAGAGUGAGUGGGUGGUGAGCACCGGCCACGACAAGAGUGUGAGCUGGAUGUGCACCCAGAGUGGCAGCAUGCUGGGGAGACACUACUUCACGGCCUGGGCCUCCUGCCUCCAAUACGAUCACGAGACGCAGCACGCCUUUAUUGGUGACUACUCGGGACAGAUCACGCUGCUGAAACUGGAGAAGCAGACGUACUCCACCAUCACUACCCUGAAGGGCCACGAAGGUAGCAUAGCAACCCUGUGGUGGGACCCUGUGCAGAGGCUGCUGUUCUCCGGCGCCUCCGACCACAGCGUCAUCAUGUGGGACAUCGGGGGCCGCAAAGGACGGACGCUACUGCUGCAGGGACACCACGAGCGCGUUCAGUCCCUGCGUUACCUCCAGCUGACCCGGCAGUUGGUGUCGUGCUCGGCUGACGGCGGCAUGGCGGUGUGGAACAUGGACACGCAGAGAGAAGAGGCGCCGCAGUGGUUGGACUGCGACUCCUGUCAGAAGUGCGAGCAGCCUUUCUUCUGGAACAUCAAGCAGAUGUGGGACACUAAGACCCUGGGGCUCCGACAGCACCACUGCAGGAAGUGUGGGAAGGCUGUGUGUGGGAAGUGUAGUUCUAAACGCACCACAUUCCCAAUCAUGGGCUUCGAGUUCCCGGUGCGGGUGUGUGACGCCUGCUUUGACACCGUCAAAGAAGAAGAUCGAACACCGUUGGCCACGUUCCACGAGGGGAAGCACAACAUCGCCCACAUGGACAUGGACCCGUCCAGAGGCCUGAUGGUCACCUGUGGAAGCGACCGCAUCGUUAAGAUCUGGGAUGUGACGCAGGUGGUUGGCUGUAGCUUAGCAACAGGCUUCUCUUCACGCUGAUUGGCUCAACCCAACCGGGCUCCGCCCACUCUUCCAAUGUCAUGGAAACCCCUUUGUACAGCAUAUCUCCCCAUCACCCCUGGGAUCUUCAGCUGCAACCAGGCCUGUGUGAGUGUGUGUGAGAGAGUGUGUGUGAGAGAGUGUGUGUGUGUGUGAGAGUGUGUGUGUAUGAGUGUGUGUGAGAGAGUGUGUGUGUGUAUGAGUGUGUGAGAGAGUG